GGCGGCAGGCGACAGAGAAGAAUCCGAAGCUGGGAGUCCGGAACCGCGCUUGGAGGCUGAGGCUGGGCUGGGGCGCGCAAGGGCAUCAUCCGGCACGGUGCUGGUUCGAGAGGAUCGCCUUGGGAGCGGAGGGGGGAAAGGUUUGCACGGGAAAAUAAGCGAUCUCGGUGUAAACCGGUCUGGGUCAAAUUUGGGGUCUGCCAGGAAAAGAGACUCUCUGUCGGCCCUGGUCAGCCAUGCGGCUCCCCGGACUCGUGGCGCUGAUGCUGGCGUUGGGGGUCGGCAGCUGCCACGGCCUGUCUUUCCACUUACCGCCGCAGACCCGCAAAUGCCUUAAAGAGGAGCUCCACCGGGACGUGAUGGUUACCGGAGAAUACGAAGUCUCGGAAGCCGCUGCUCCGGGUGUCAGGACAGAUCUCCGGGUCACCGACUCCUCUGGACACACUCUGUACUCCAAGGAGGAUUCAAAAAAGGGAAAAUUUGCCUUCACUACUGACAACUAUGAAAUCUAUGAAAUCUGCUUUGAGAGCCACGGACAGCCAGGGAAUUUCCGGAUUCCAGACCAAUUGGUCUCCCUUAAUAUAAAGCAUGGUGUGGAGGCACGGAAUUACGAUGAUAUCGCUAAGGCAGAGAAACUAAAGCCUUUAGAGGUGGACCUGCGUCGGCUCGAAGACCUUUCGGAAUCCAUCGUGAAAGAUUUUGCCUUCAUGAAGCAGCGUGAGGAGGAGAUGCGAGACACCAAUGAAUCCACCAGCGCUCGUGUCUUCUGCUUCAGCAUCUUCUCCAUGUUAUGUCUUGUGGGUCUGGCCACCUGGCAGGUCUUCUAUCUCCGGCGUUUCUUCAAAGCCAAGAAACUCAUCGAGUGAAUGAGCUCCAGCCUGGAGUGGGGGGCAAAGAGCAGAUGCCCCCACUCUCCCCCACCCCGUUUCUUGCCGGCCUGUGAACCAGAACACAUCAGAGUUCUUCCACCCACCAAUUCUGAUCAGCUCCUGAGCCGACUGGAUUUUUUCCUCCAGGGUUUUCCCCAGCUAGGACUAUUGAUGGGACAUCGGGGGCCUGGACUGGAUCUCUGCCAGCUGGGGAGGGGAGUCUGUCAUCAGAAAGGCAUAGAUUCUGGAUGCCAGACCGGAAAACAGUUUGCCCCCCUUUUUUCUGGUGUGGACUGUGCCAUUCUUUUUUCCCAUGGGGGGUGAGGGAUCUCUAAUUAGAAUGUAAUUUAAGUCCUGAUUGCUGAAUGCACUAAGGAAAUUUUGGAAACAAUAAAUUUUGGUUCAUAGAUUUCACCGCUGUUUGGGGGCAGGGGGCAAUGCAGGAUGCUCUUGGGACAGGACCAGAGUACUCUACGGCUGCAACCCUAACCACACUUACUAGAGAGUAAGUUCCACUGAACUCAGAGGGAGUUGCUUCUGAGCAAACAUACUGAGGAUCCUAGGACAGGUGGGGCCAGUGUAGUGUAGGGGUUAGGAUGUUCAGCUAGGCCCAAGUUCAGAUCCCCAACUGCC